CAUUGCAACAUUAUUGGUUUAGGAUUCUUCUUGUGUGAUUCCAAGUUCGCAAGCAAGGGAUAUGUUAUGAGCAUUAACAUAUAGGCUGAUUUUUGCAUGAUCGCUAAAUAUAUUGGUGUAGAAUACUUACACAAAUCGCGUGCGUAAGUUUUAAAAGCGAAAAACAUCAACAUAAAAAAUAAAAUAAUUGUAUGCUGACAGAAAUAAAUUUGGUUAGCAUGAUGAAGUUGUAUCUGCCAGUUUUAUUGCUAGUAGUACAUUCCACUUAUGGCAAUCUAGCUAGUGAAAGCACUGUUGCCUCCGGAAAGCUCAUUAGCUCUCCAUCGCCAUCAUCACCGCCGAUUCCUAUGUCUUUAGGAAGCCUAUAUCGGAGCACCCGGGAUGACUAUAGUGCUAGAGGUCGUUGUACAAACUGUGGACCAGGAUAUGAGCGUGACAUGCGUACCUACGGCCGUCCGACGGGCAUAACUGGAUACUAUAGUGGCAUGGGGUCGAUUUUCGAUGAUCGCAAUUGGUAUUAUCGACCGGAAUCAUAUGAGGAUCGUUACCGUGGUGGAGGAGAACCUGCAAUGAGCCCCUAUUACCAACCACAACAGGGUUAUGGCUCUCAGAGCUAUCGGCAACCACCUUAUAUGAAUGGCAUGGAAUACGAUCGUUACAUGCAGCGUCCAGAUGAUCGAAGCUAUAACGGAUAUUCGGGUAUGGCAAUGAAAACCGGUUACUACGAAGGAAGUAGCAGAAUGUCGUACUAUCCCGAAAUGAUGCGUGGAUACGGUUAUCGUGGAAAUGGUUACGACAAUCUCGAUCCAAACUAUAAUCACUACAUGACUCAACGUGGAGGUGUUGGAAUGAAUAAUCGGGAUUAUUACAAUGGACACUACGACGACAGAAUGAGUAACCGCGGCUAUUAUGAUCAGAAAAAUUUCCGGCCAUGGGACGAAACGUACAGUCGUCCAACAACCUCUUCCUCAUCCUCUUCAUCAACAUCAUCUUUAUCAUCUGCAUCGCCAUCGUCUUCGUAUACUGCACACACGUCGAUACACGGGCCAACGGCGCCUGGGGCAAUUCAUACCGGAUACGGUCCUAGUAGUAGCAGCCACGGAACUCACGGAUACCGACCAGAGCACACGGUGCAUCAAAGCAAUCCCGACCGCCCGGACUACAAUUCAGCCGAUUCCUCUCCGAAUUGCUGUCGCAAUCGAUAUCCUGAGCAAGUACCUUCUCAAAGCGGAUCCUAUAGUAGUCAUGGAGGUCAUGGGUCAAGUGGUUUGCCCACCUACGGUCAGCGACCUUCUUCCUCUGGUGGAUCAUGGAGCUACGUGAGUAGCGGUGGACCGAUCAGCACUGGUAGUCAACAUUAUGGUGGUAGCAAUAGCCCCAGUGCUCAUGGUUCGUACCAAUCAAGUACAGGAGGAGGAAGUGCAUAUAACGAACAUCACACCGGGUCCGCUGGUUCUACCGGUGGUUCUUCGAGCAACGCGUACGGUAAUCGAGGAUCUGACCACUCGAGGGAUAAUGACCAUCGCCAACAGAGGUGAGUUUUUAGCAUAAUGAAAUAAAAGGUUUCUUUUUCCUAACUAAAGUACGAUCAAAUUUAGCACGGUAUGGAUCGAUAGUUUGUGAUAUUGGUAAACGGAUUCGCAGUGUGUAUUUGUAUAGCAUGCGUCAUGCAAAAGAUGACGCGAUUUAAAAAACCGUCUUUUGCAUCUAAUUUGUGAGAGAUAUUUUACUAGCUUAAACGCUAUGAAAUGUAUUUGUUUUUAUACUGGCACCAAUCUGGAGAGGGCAAACAUACAUCUAUGCACAUUUCAAACUAGUGAUGGCGGCAGCAAUCCUUUCACAUGCACUAUUGUACUAAACACAGAGAGGGAGAGGGAGAGAUACAUGGAGAGAGAAAGUGAGAGAGAGUGUAGGUUGUCCCGAUGGAACGAGAGGCCUAAUAAAAUCUAUGCAAGAUGUUCUCUAACCAAUUUAAUUUAAUUUAUGCAACUUUGAUAGCUCAUCCAUAGCUUCCACGGAUAUAUUAGUAUGUGGAAAUGUGUAUUAAUGAAUGUCAAAGCAUUUAUCAAUCACAAGAUCAUUUAAGGAUACUUUAGGGACAUUUUGGUUA